AGGGGCGGGCGGGCCGCAGGGGCUGCUGGGCCGCGGGGCCGACUGGCGGUCUCUGGAGCGGCGGAGCGGGGCCGAGCGCGCAGUAAUGGUAGAAUCAGCCUGCAACUAAACUCUGUCCAGAGCUUGAAACCAAAUGUCUGCUGGCGAAAAUGGCUGAAAAUGGAAAUGGUGAAAACAUGUCUAUCUUGGAAAGCAAAAUCUGUCAGCAGAUUGAGUACUAUUUUGGCAAUCACAAUCUACCAAGAGACAAGUUUCUAAAGGAACAGAUCAAACUAGAUGAUGGCUGGGUACCUUUAGAAGUAAUGAUCAAAUUCAACAGGUUAAGUCGCCUUUCAAAAGAUUUUGGCGUUAUUGUAGAAGCACUAAGAAAAUCCAAGACUGGUUUAAUGGAAAUAAAUGAAGACAAAACUAAGAUCAGAAGAUCUCCAAACAAACCCCUUCCUGAAUUAAAUGACCAGUAUAAAGCUGCAAUUAAAAACAGAUCUGUUUAUGUUAAAGGCUUUCCACUAGAUGCUACUCUUGAUGAUAUCAAAGAAUGGCUCGAGGAUAAAGGUCCAGUUGAAAAUAUUCAAAUGAGGAGAACAUUGCAGAGAACAUUUAAGGGCUCAAUAUUUGCAGUUUUUGAUAGUGUUGAAUCCGCUAAGAAGUUCACAGAGAUACCAAAUCAAAAGUACAAAGACACAGAGCUGAUAGUACUUUUCAAGGAAGAGUAUUGUACAAAGAAGAAUGAAGAAAGGAAACAAAACAAAGUAGAAGCGAAAGCAAGAGCUAAACAGGAAAAAGAAGAAAAGCAGAAACAAGCAGCAGAUGCUGAAAUGAAGUCUCUAGAAGAAAAGACAGGAUGUCUUUUGAAGUUCUCUGGUGAUCUGGAUGACCAAACGUGCAGAGAAGACCUCCAUGAUGUAUUUUCUGGUCACGGAGAAAUCAAGUGGAUACACUUUGUUAGAGGUGCGAAGGAGGGAAUUAUCCUAUUUAAGGAUAUUGCCAAAGAAGCUCUGGAGAAAGCCAAAGCAGCACAUAAUGGAAACCUGCAGCUCCGGAACAAGGAUGUCUCAUGGGAAGUGCUAGAAGGAGAUGCAGAGAAAGAAGCUCUGAAAAAAAUCCUGGAAGAUCAGCAGGAAUUGCUGAAACAGAAAACAAAAGGGCGCAAAAUGAAAGGAAAAGGAAGAGGAGGAAAGAUACCUCAGGGUGCACAGAAAGGAAAAAUACAGUUUCAGGGCAAGAAAAUAAAGUUUGAGAAUGAUGAGGAAGAUGGUGAAAAUGAUAAAACAGAACCUGCAAGUCCCAAGAAGAGACCGCUAGAGGAAACAGAAAAGGAAGAACCUGCACCAAAACAACUGAAAACAGAAAAUGGAGAUGGCAAUCAGUAAUACUCAAAAGAAUUUUAAAAAAUAGUGGUUUUAUUGUUCCAUUUUCAAUAGGUUUUAAAGACAUGCCUCAGUUCAGGACUUUUUGGCAGAAAAUCUAAUGAAGUCCACUUCAAUGUCAACCUACAAUAAGAGAAAAGCUUCAUUUUAUUGGGUUACAGCUUUCUUUUUUUGUUGUUUAAGAAGCAUGCUUACUCUUAACAUAAAACCCUGGAAAACUUUUCUAUUUAUAGUUUUUGUUUAUACUGUCAGAUUUCAAUUUUUCUGGCAUCUCAUUCAAAUGUAAAAGAUUUUGGACUUUGUAAUCUUGUGGUUAUGUUUAAUAGCAGCUGGCAAUAAACUCAGAACUUAAAACUGUU